GAUCAUCCUGAACUAUUGGCCUUGUACCUUUACUGUAGGUUUCACACAAGAAUCCCUUAAACAGAUCAGCGCUGUGAAACCACGGCUUUGAUGUCAUAGCAGGUCCCUCGGUGGAGUAUAUAGAUGAGAGGAGGGUGCAAACACAGCAGAGUCAGAGCCAGCGUCAGAGAGACAGAGAUGGAAGUGGAGCUGCGGUUCAGCGUCUUCCUGUUACUUAUACAGGUUUCACUUGCGGUGUGGCAGCAUCAUGUGACUGUUUCGAAAGGUCACACACUCAGGUUAAGCUGUCCAGUUACUGAUGCUCACAAGACCAACGUGGAAUGGAAGAACCCUGAAGAACAUGUUAUGUUCUUCAAUCAAAUACAAGGUAAAGAUGACAAAGCUUUAGGAGACAAACGCUACAGCAUCAACAAACUGUCGGAGUCAAAAUUCACCAUGAGUAUUUCCAAUGUUACCUUCAAAGAUGGAGGCAUCUACACAUGCUCUCAGUAUGGUGAUCACACGACAGAGAAGAAAGUGGAGGUCACAGUGUUAGGCCGUCCUACAUGUAUAGUGAAAAAGGAGGUGCCUGAAGGGAGGUUUUGUAUAGAAUGCACUGCUGAGGGGAACCGCUCUCCUCCACAGAUCUUCUGGAAAUUGGAUGGUGGACCUGAAAUUAUUGCUGUUACCCGAGUCCUGCAUGAAGAUAAAAAAUAUGUCUCAACGGAUAUGUUGUGUGUUCAGUCGGUGAAGAACAGAGUAACUGUGAAAUGCAUUGUUCGCCAUCCAGCUCUGCACUCAAAAAUUCGAAUGAAACGUGUCAAAAUUGGAAGAAACUCAAGAAAGUCCCAGCACACAACCACGACCCGUUCUCCAACAGCCCGUCCCCCCGGCUCACCAGAGGCCCAGAGAACAACACGGCACAUUACAACCAGAGAUCUGAAAGGGCCUUCAUCAGAGGGUCCAAAGUUAUCAACUGAUCCCACCACUCAGCUGUUUUCCUCCAGUGAGCCACUGACGGUAACAUCAGCACAGAACUCUUCAUCCACACACUCACAUCUCAGCGAUAACUCAACCAGGAGGAGGAAUGACACCAUCAGUAAUGCAACAAGUGCUACAGCAACAAUGUCCCAGCACACAACUUUGACCCGUUCUCCAACAGCCUGGCCCCCAGGCUCAACAGAGGCCCAGAGAACACGGUACAUUACAACCAGAGAUCUUAAAGGGCCUUCAUCAGAGGGCCCUGCAGAGUUAGGGCCCUCUACUCAGCUGUUUUCCUCCAGUGAGCCAGAGACGGUCACAUCAGCACUGAACCUUGCUUCAUCCAAACACUCAACUCUCAGCAAUACCAGCUGGACAUCUGUCUCUGAGACAACAGAGAACACCUCCAAUAACCACACAGAGGGAAACAAAACAGAUAUCUUAAAUGACCCGAGGAUGCGGACUGGAGGAAGUUCACUACUGGUCUUCCUGGUUACUUGUCUGAUAUUCGGUCUUCUCGUUGUCAUCAUUUUUUUCGCCAUCAAGCUCAGGAGAGCGCACAUCACUUGGAAGAGAGAAAAUGAGGACUCUGAUCCAUCAGAGGAGAGCAGUAAAUCAAAAUCAAGCCAGGAAGAGAGGAACUCUCAAGGACAAAGGCGGAGAGGGUUCUUCAACACAGCAUUCACACAGUACGUCGUUGAGAAACCAACAGUGAUAACCUCGGUGACAAACACUGCUGCGAUGGCAGAAGCUGAGGGUGCAUCUAAAGAGAAGAAUUCUCAACAUCCAACCCCGGGACAAACAUCAACCAAGUGUGACAUAAAGGAGACGGAGCUUUAACAAUCUGUCAAAUACAGCAUUCAUAACUUCAGCAAUAUCAUGAGCAACAUUAUAAUGCCCACAUUUUUUGUUAUUGCACUUGUAAAAAAGGAUGUAGGACUAUUUUUACACAGAAAAUAAUAUGGUGACUUGCUUUUAACUUAAGUAUGCUACUGUACUUAUUGUAAAUAUUCUAUCAAUGUUACAUUUACAUGUCACAAUAAAUUGUAAUUUUUGCUA